GUAAAUUGUAAGCCGAUUCCUUCAAAUUUUAAAUAUUAACGCCGCUGACUUCUUGUUCUUCUUCCUCAAGCAAUUCCAAUGGCGAGAGAGAGAAGUGGACCGAGUAAAGUUUCUCAUGAAAGUGCCUUUGUUCUUCAUCCCAUUUUAUAUUCACAUUCACCAAACAAAUUCAAUCUGUCACCUCGUACUAUUUUCUUCCGUUUUUCUUUUCGGAAGAGGAGAAUCGGAUUUCGGUUCCGUUUGAUUUGGAACUUGAUUCUGAAAACAUCCAAGUGUGUUCAGAAAAUCGGUUCGUGAGAGGAAUCUAUGGCUGAUUGUGUGUGUUUAUUCAGAAAUUGAAAGAAAUCGAUAGGGUUUUUCCUGUUUUGGGUUAGUGAAAGGUUCACUGAUCCUACAGGAAUCAUGGCCGGUAGCUGUGGAGACGAUGUGGUUUAUAUGGCUGUGGGAAAUGAUGUAAACGAGUGCAAAUUGAAUUUGGUCUAUGCUCUAAAGCACUCAGGCGGGCGGAGGAUUUGCAUUCUUCAUGUUCAUGAGCCAGCAAAGUUGAUUCCAUUCUUGGGAACACAAUUUUUGGCAAGUUCUAUGAAAGAAAAGGAAGUAAACGCCUACCGCGAACGUGAGAGGCAGGAUGCAAAUAAGAUACUUGAUGGAUUCCUUUUCCUCUGUCACCAAGCUGGGGUUCGGGCAGAGAAACUUUAUUUUGAAUCAGACAAGAUUAAGAAGGGAAUUGUCGAGCUCGUCUCCCUUCAUGGAAUUAGGAGGCUUAUUAUGGGUGCAGCAGCGGACAAGUAUUACUCGAGAAAAAUGACAAAAAUCAGAUCGAGGAAAGCUAUGUAUGUUCACCUGAAAGCACCAGCUUUCUGUCAAAUUCAAUUUGUUUGCAACGGGCAGUUAAUUCGCACUAGGGAAGCUUGUCCACAAGAAGCUCAUGUAGAUAUCCCACCACCAUCACCUCAGUCACAGAACGUCAACGGGGCAUGUUGGAGACCAGUGGAGCCUGGCCAAUUCAAUGGGAGCAGAAUACAGAGUCCAUCAAUUGUUCUGGAAAGGCUUUCAAUUUCGAAGUUAGUUUUGAAUGAUAGUGGGACUUCGAGCCCUUCUGAGCGUUCAUAUUCACCAAGUUCAUCUAGUGGAUGUCUAGAUGCUGCAUGUUCAAGGACUGAGGAAGAUGCGUAUGGAGUAGGAUUAAAUUCACCUCUUCUGUUGAAAGAUGUCGCUCCUAACUCAUCUCCUCUCCAUUUGUUGGGAUUCCAGCAAGACGAAAGUGCUGAUGAUAUUUUAUACAUUCAACUUGAGAAAUCAAUAACCGAAGCAGCAAAUGCCAAGCGAGAAGCUUUUAGAGAGGCAGUGAAGCGAGCUCAAGCUGAAAAUGAACUUGGGAAUGCUAUUUUCAGGGCUAAAUUUUAUGAAGACUUAUAUGCUGGAGAGGCAAGAGAAAGGAAAGAUGUUGAAGAAGCGCUGUCAAAAGAAAGGGAAGAAUUUGAGAAUGUGAAGAACCAAGUAAAUAAAAUGAUGGAGGAGCUCCAAGUCUCCCAAAACAGGGGAUUAGAAUUAGAGAAUCAAAUUGCAGGAUCUGAUCAGAUGGUGAAGGAGUUGGAGCAGAAGAUUCUCUCAGCGAUAGAACUGCUGCAUAAUUACAAAAAUGAUCGAGAUGAGUUACUGAAGCAACGAGAUGAAGCACUCAAAGAAGUGGAUGACAUAAGGACAAGACAAGUAGAGGCCAGAACUAAACAUACUGCUCAAGUAUUCUCUGAGUUCUCCUUCUCAGAAAUUGCGGAAGCCACCCGGAAAUUCGAUCCCUCGCUUAAGAUUGGGGAGGGUACACAUGGAAGCAUGUAUAAAGGUCUGCUAUAUAACACUGAGGUUUGCAUAAAAAUGUUCGGUUCUCAUAACUUGCAGAACCCAGUGGAGUUUCAACGUGAGGUUGAUGCAUUGAGUAUUAUGAGACAUCCCAAUAUUGCCACGCUCAUUGGAGUCUGUCCGGAGGCUUGCAUUCUUGUUUAUGACUAUUUUCCUAAUGGAAGUCUUGAAGAUAGGCUAGCCUGUAAGGAUAAUUCUUCUCCGUUGUCAUGGAAAACUCGAAUACGGAUCGCUUCAGACUUAUGCUCAGCUCUUAUAUUCAUUCAUUCAAAUAAAAUUUGCAAGAUCAUUCACGGUGACUUGAAGCCUUUGAAUGUACUAUUAGAUGCAAAUUACGUUCCUAAACUUGCAGGAUUUGGAAGUUGUCAUUUAUUGCCUCAUGAUGAGAAGUUGAGUUACAAUGAAAAUAUAUCUGCCAAGUAUGGCGUGAAGAGCAAUCAUGAAUUUCCUCUCACGACAAAGUUGGACGUUUUUUCAUUUGGCAUGGUAUUGUUAAGUUUGUUAACUGGAAAAUCAUACUUGAGAAUGAAAGAAGACGUCCAGUUUGCCAUAGAGGAACGAAAAUUGAAAGAUGUAUUGGAUCCACGAGCGGGAGACUGGCCGUUCGUGCAGGCUGAACAGUUGGCUCAGUUGGCAUUGAGGUGCUGCAAUAGAAAUAGUAUGUACAGGCCAGACCUUGUGUCUGAUGUGUGGAGAGUACUUGAGCCAAUGAAGGCUUCUUGUGGAGGUUCGGUUUCUGUAUCCCUAAGCUUUGGGGAUCUGCAGGUGCAACCUCCUCCUUAUUUCCUAUGUCCUAUUUUUCAGGAAGUCAUGGAGGAUCCUCAUGUAGCAGCCGACGGGUUUACCUAUGAGGCAGAGGCAUUGAGAGGAUGGUUAGACAGUGGACACAACACGUCGCCGAUGACAAACCUAAGGCUCGAACACCAAAACCUCGUCCCUAACCGUGCUCUUCGUUCUGUAAUUCAAGAAUGGUUGCAUCAGCAGCAGUAGUAAGUCCAUUGAUGCUGUUUGUUUCUGUUUCUGGAUAGUUAAUGUUUUUUUUUAUCAGUGAUGAGUUCUUAAUGUUUGGAGAAUGAAUCUGCUACCAUCCUUUUGCUGUUGGGUAGCAGUAAUAUAGAAAAGGAUAUGCAUUCAAUUCCAUUCCAUUGUCAUUGCUACUUGAAACUGUGAAUAUAUGUAUAUACUCAUUUCAUUCAUUUUA